AACCGGUCCCUAACACUUUGCUUGUUCUCCUUUUCAUCGAACAUCACUAGCGGUGUUAUUCGUAACACCGUCUAUCCUAUUAGUAUCGAGCACAUCUCAUAUAACUGUCAUCAUGUCUAAACAUGCUUGGAAGAUAGAGCUCAUACCUUGGGAUCCCUCGAGUCCUGAACAUGUACAAAGAAUGUAUGAUCAGCGUAUUGCCUGUGGAUGGAGGGCCAAUGAAGUACCCCAGUGGGUAGACGCCGCAAAGAAAGGCGAAAAGAUAUUCUAUUGGGCUGUGUUUUCGGAUACAGUCCCGGACAGGGAGGCGCUGAUCAAGAAGCACAUCGAAGCCUACCCGAAGGAGUCGACCCCAUUGAGAGAGACGGCUGCAGAAGUUCGGCUCGUCCCGCGGCAGCCAACUAUGGCCGAGUUCACCCCAAUUGGCCACGUUGCCAUCGCCAUUCACGAACCUGAGGAAGAUGUGAAACUGGGUCUUCUACCUACCGGAACAGUCUGGAUCCACGGGCUCUACAUAUCGCGUGCUCUGCAUGGUGGUGGAUUUGGCGCCGGGACCAUGUCCAAAACAGAAGAAAUAGCCUCGCAGAGUCCGAUGAAUGCGAAAAUAGUCGCGUUGGAUACCUUAUCAAAGGAAACACAGACCGAACCAGAGACACGGGAGAUCCUAUACGGGAAUGGGCGUGUUCCUGAACCGAAAUUCCCCACUGAAGAUUGGUAUGUUCGCCUGGGGUAUGAGGUAUUUAGACGAGGAGACCAUCUCUUCGUGACACUCGCAAAUGGCAACGAGAGCAUGCCAAUAAACGUGGUGUAUAUGAGAAAGCUAGUCGUCUAAGUGGAGUGAGUCAGGGGAACCAUAGAAGUUUAGGAAUUCUGGAUGGAAUGCUGCCCCUCCAUCCUAGCCCAUAGCCUCAUAAUAGAUCGAUUGGAGUUUGACCGCGGGUAUUGAAUGAUGUGACUCCAACACGUCCACCAUCUCUUCUCCGUGCUC